AAAAAACCAAAUCUCUCUGACUCACGCAUCUUCUUCUUCUUCUUUAAUUUUCUUCUUGAUAAUCUCUUUUAUACAGAGACUCGGUGUGAAUUCCGAUGAUCCAAUUAGUAGUCUUUGAAGAAGUGAAAAGCCCAUGACGAUGAUGAUCUCCUCUGCAACAUGAUGAUCCGUAAGAGUUGAAUUCACUUUUCUCCGAUGAGUCGCGGUGGAGCCAAGGCGGCUGUUAACGGCGACUAGACCACGUUUGUUCUCAACGAUCCGUACGAUUACGUCUUACGAGGCGUUCUUAGCAAGCCAUCUCUUGAAGCCACAUGUUGCAUAUCGGCUUGGAUUGGAGGUAUGAGAUUCGCUUGCACGAUUACUUUGGGGGAGAAAGCUUCGACUAAGGAGGAGGACGCGAAUCAGAGGAAAACAGAGAACGAAUCCACCGGUGGAGACAAAGGAAUCGCGAUGUUAAAUUUCAAUGCAUUGAGAACAAACCGGGUUAAGCAUGCUGUCCCAUCCUACGGGUCCUUAAGCCGUGUUAUUAGUUCAACGGCUUUUUACGCAAUAAAGAAGAUUUUUCAUGUUCAAGCAGAGGCUCCAAGCAAUCUUUGUUACGGAACAUUACAGAAGACAAGUGACGAUUCAAAAACUGAACUCCAUUACCAAUCGAAGACGAACGAGAAGGACGUAGCACGUUUGCAUUGUUUUCAUUCUCAAUUCUCGCCGUAA